UUGAUCUACCUUCCACCUUACUCGCCAGACAUGAACCCGAUCGAACAAGCAUUCAGCUCGAUCAAGGCAUGGCUACGACGGCAUGAAGAUGAGGCCACACGGCCUGAAGUCAGACCCUGGCUAAUUCAACGGGCAAUUUUUUCGGUCACCGAGGAUGAUGCAGCCGGGUGGAUCAGGAACUGCGGGUACUCAUGA